CUGCUACGAACUCCACCGGGCCCCGCGCCCCCCGCCCCCCCGCGGCCCCGCGCCGCGGAGCCUGCCACCACCAUGAAGAAAUUCUUCCAGGAAAUCAAGGCUGACAUCAAGUUUAAGAGUGCGGGUGCCGGACAGAAGCUCACGGAGUCGGCGCCGGAGAAGGCCCCCAAAGCAAAAACCAACCAGCCAGCACGCCAGCAGCCCCGCCAGGGACCCACCAAUGAGGCCCAGAUGGCAGCAGCAGCAGCCCUGGCCCGACUUGAGCAGAAGCAGCCCAGGGCUCGGGGCCCCCCAUCACAGGACCUCAUCCGGAACCAGGUGAGAAAGGAACUUCCAGCUGAAGCGACUGUCAGUGGGAGCUCGCAGUCCUCGGGGACUAACACGGUAUCUGAGCCCAAAGAGGAAGGCUCAACUCACCUGGCGGCGCCUGGAGUGUACUUCACCUGUCCGCUCACUGGGGCCAUCCUGAGGAAGGACCAGCGGGACACCCGAAUCAAGGAGGCCAUUCUCUCACACUUCUCCACGGACCCGGUAGCUGCCUCCAUCAUGAAGAUCCACACGUUCAACAAAGACCGGGACAGGGUGAAGCUGGGCGUGGACACCAUCGCCAAGUACCUGGACAAUAUCCAUCUGCACCCUGAGGAGGAGAAGUACCGGAAGAUCAAGCUGCAGAACAAGGUGUUCCAGGAGCGCAUUAACUGUCUGGAAGGGGCCCACGAGUUUUUUGAGGCCAUUGGCUUCCAGAAGACAUUGUUGCCAGUUCCGGAUCAGGAGGGCCCCGAAGAAUUCUACGUGCUAAGCGAGGCCGCCUUGGCCCAGCCCCAGAACCUGGAAAGACACAAGGAGCAGCUGUUGUGUGGCGAACCUGUGCGGGCCACACUGAUCCGCCAACGCCGUGUCUUCCGGCCCUCACCCAUGGCCUCCCAGUUUGACCUGCCCUCUGACUUCUUCAACCUCACGGCUGAGGAGGCCAAACGGGAGCAGAAGCUCAGGUCUGAGGCGGUGGAGCGGCUGAGCAUGCUGCGGACCAAGGCCAUGCGGGAGAAGGAGGAGCAGAGGGAGAUGCGCAAGUACACUUACACACUGCUGCGUGUCCGUCUCCCUGAUGGCUGCCUCCUCCAGGGGACCUUCUAUGCCCGGGAGCGGGUGGCAGCACUGUAUAGCUUUGUCCGGGAGGCCCUGCAGAAUGACUGGCUGCCCUUUGAGCUGCUGGCCUCAUGUGGGCAGAAGUUGUCGGAGGAUGAGAACUUGGCCUUCAAUGAAUGUGGGCUGGUGCCCUCAGCCCUCCUGACCUUCUCGUGGGACAUGGCAGUGCUAGAGGACAUUAAGGCCGCGGGGGCUAAGCCAGACUCGUCUAUCCUGAAGCCCGAGCUCCUGUUGGCCAUCGAGAAGCUCUCGUGAAAUAAAAGCAGGGUUGGCUUCAGCCCCCAUGGGUCUGUCUCCUGCUUCCUCCACCUCUGUUCACGUCCUUAUUCUCCCUCCACUUCAAGGCCUCCCAUCCUCUGGGGCUGCCCAGCCCAUGGGCAAGGGAGAGCCACUGGUUGGCCUGUGACCAUCACCAAGGGCUUUCAAGCAACAGCUGCUGUGCUGUCCUUGGUAGCAUUCUCCAGCUGCUAUUUAACCUAGUUAAUGGAACCCCAGGCGUGACAGACCUGGCCACCUCCCUGGAUAGGAAUAGGCCUGCAGCUUGGAUCCAGCCCCAUGGCUGGCCCUGAGGCUGUACUGUGGAGCUGCUGGUGAUAGUGGCAUAAGAUAGAGGUGCUGGGCCUGGGCAGAGUUCUGUAACACUAAGUUCUGAAUCCAAAUAAACAGGCUGUUUGACUAGUC